CGGCUACUUCCGGUAAAAUGGUUUGAAAUUCAAUAAAACAAUAUGCUGACAAAACUCUCCCUCCUCGGCAUCAUCCUAUCCCCCACACUCGCACAAUUCAGCCUCGGCUCCAUACGACCCGACGUCAGCUUCAAUGAAGACAAUGACCGUUUCGACGUCACCGACUUGAUGACCAAGAGAAUGUUCCGAGAGACCCCUAACGUUGAAGAUGGGGACAGUGAUGAAGAAGAAGGCUUCAGGAGGAAUUUCCGCGGUGGAAAUAAUUACAAUCAACUACUAGACAUACUCACACGAAAGCACGCAGAAAAUAUGUUCCAUUCCAGGAAAGCUGACGGUGGAUUCGCGUACGAUAACAGAAUGGACAGCAGCGAAGGCGGAUCAGUCGAUGAUUUUGAGGCGAACCUAGAGAAGUUUAAGAACCUCAAGGCCAACAGACGGAACGUAGAUGACUUGAACAAUGUCCAUGGAUAUCGGAAGUAUAGGAGAAGCAUGAAACCUGAUCCAGUUGAUGAAAUCAUGAUGCAUCAUGCGGUGCCUAUUACCUUCGAAAUUGAUGGCUACCUGAUACCUCCGCUGAAAUAACGCCAAAUUAAAAUAAAACAAUUGACUGUUCAGCUUUCUUUUCAAUACCUAC